UAAACUUUGUAAACAAGCCUGAACUUUUACUUGCUCAAUGAGCAGAUUUACAGAUAUUGGUGUAAGUUAAUUGUUAUCAAUGGAGAGAAGUGUGCGGACAGUUUCAGCUAUUAAAGCUCUGGGGUACCCGGGCAGCUCCUGUGUCUCACGGUGCGAGUGUGAUGAACUCCCCUGUCCGCUGCUCACCUGGCUGUCUGCUGAGCUCAGGACUCUACUUCCCGAGCUCCAAGCUGGCUCGGGUGAGGUGUUGUUGGUGGAAGAGUUGAGAAACUUGCUAUCAGACAUGUUUUCUCCACUCGCCRUUGUGACCUCUGAUGUGCUGGAACCGUUGAUCCUCAACAACAUCACUGAGUUCCUUAUGUCAGAGUUGCUAGCAGCUCGCAUAAUCAAGCACAAAAGUUUGCACCCAGAGGAGAAUUUGACUGGAGAGGAGUCUGUGAAGGAGCAGCGAGUCGAGGAUCAAAGCUGUGAGUUUUGUGACGUCGACGACUCGGACAAUAAAACGGCGGAGAUGCAGGCAGAAUGGAUUUUACUGCUGCGAUCACUCGGUUUGGACGCCUCUUCUCAGUUUGAAGAUACACAGACUGAGGUGAAGUCGAGGAUUGAUCGUCUUCCAGGUGGAGACAUGACGAACCCUCUUCUCACCGCCAGCCUCAGCUCAGACCAGUGGGUGGAAGUGAAGAAGAUCAACCAGGUUCUGUCAGAGGACUACAGGUGCCGGCGACAGAUGAUGAUCAAACGUUUCCAGGUCACGCUCGAGUCGUUUGCGUGGGGAGACAAACAAAAGGAGCGCAGAGCAGCACUUGCCUCGGUGCCUCCUCUUGUAUCCCUUGCAGGAGGCUUCCAAGUGUCUUUAUCUCAUCUGCUGGCUGCCAGAGAAGAUCAGUCCUUCAUUGAACCAAUCAAAGCCGGAAAGAGCACUCCGGUUUACAAAAUAUUGAUGGGCAGUGUACCAGACAGAGGAGGACGGCCGGGAGAGAUUGAGCCUCCGAUGCCAACAUGGGAGCAACGAAGAACCCAUGGAAACAGAGGAGGAAGAGGAGGUGGAGGUGGACAGCAUCAGAGGCAAAAAAAGAAAAAAGGGAACAAAGAAUAGCCGGCCUCUUUAGUUACUAAAUAAUUUGAUAAUUAAAUAACACUUUUUWAAAUAAACCGUCAGAGUCAAAUAAAGUUAUAGAACGUUGAGUUUGAUAUAAUUUUUAGUGACAAAUUUAUGUAUAGUUUGUAAUUUUAUGUACAUASUGACGGUGUAUGUUUCUAAAGUACUGUAAAGCUCGUAAUUGGAGCCACGUACUGGCGACUGGCCAGAUAUUUCUGUAAAAUUUUGUUCAUAUGAAAAAAAA